AUGGGACAGUCCUCUUCUACGCAAAGAAAUUAUCGUCACGAUACUCGUCUAGAACACAUUUUAUCUCUCCAGGCAGCCCGUCCGGUCAACAGUGAUGCGGACAUGAAUAGAGGACCGAAUAACGAGCAGACUGGUGAUUUUGGGUCCCAGCCAGGACCCGAAAUAAAUAACGACAGCCUCCAAGCCUCUCCCGCGGGCCAGGGGAGCUGGUCAGGAGAGUCAUCAUGGCAACCGACAUUUUCUUCCGAAGGACAACCAGCAACCUCAAUACGUAUGGCAAGCAUCCAGGAGGAGAACGGGUCACAAUAUGAGUCGAACCAGCGAGAAUACCGAUCAGCAAUCUUUGCUCGCAUGGCUGCGAGAAGACAAUCGACCAUGUCUAGGCUGGGUUCCAGGAUUUUACCCAAUUCCGUCAUUCGUGGGCUCCUCAGCAGUGAAGAAGAAACGCCUGCCGAGGGCCAGGCCCAUCGACAUGGGAUCGUAUCGCGAUCACUCCCAAGAUCUGAAGUUACUCACAAUAGUAGCCGCUUCAGCCCUUUCAGUUCACUUGGUUCAAGGGGGAUUUCUAGACGACGUUCGAUUCGGGGGCCGUAUUUCAUCCCGCGCAGCGACCCGGGCUUAAUUCCUGAUACGACUCACCCCUCUACCUAUUUUGACUCUACUACAGCCCAGGUACCGGAAGCUUCUAGGGGAUCUUGGCGUCGAAGUGCUCGGUUACACCGUGUGAGGAAUUCACUGUCAACCCCGAUUACCCAAAUGUUCGGCCAGGCAUCUUCGAGUAUGUCCGACGAUACCACGGGAAAUGUACAGCAACCCCUUAUGGGCUCGAUGCCCUCGAUGCCCAACGGAUCUCUCAGCCCUUUUCUCCCGCACCCAGGGCCAAUGGAUGUCCGUAUGGAUUUCGAUGAGCCGCAUGAACUUGAUUCCGUGGAGCCUGCUGUGGGGGCAAGUCGCCCGACAUCUCCCAUGUCGUCGCAGUCGGCCCAAGGAUCGUCAAGCUUACACCAAUUCCCGGGCCUAUUGCGAGCCAGAUCAUCGAGAGUUUUGCGACGGGAAGAACAAACGCCUCUGUCGCGUGUCCUUCAGCUGGCUGCCGCUGCCAUUGCUGCACAGCUGUCCGGUACGACUGGCCCAGUUAUGCCUAAUAUCCAAGCCCUUGGUAAUGACGGCUUGGACGGUUCCUUGGAGAACUUCAUACAAAGCCUUCAAAAUGCAACAUCGUCACAGGCGGCACCGAACGAUACGCCAAAUCCCUCUGGGGACAAUGGGCCGGCCACUCCUGUCAAUUUCUUGCGCGUUUUCCGAUUUGCCAACUCAGAUGGUUCCGGGUCUAUUAGCACGCCGAAUCGUUCCACCACGGAUCUAGAUAAUACAGGCAGAGGUGCAGAUGGAAUGGACAUUGAAAAUCCCGUGGACGGACCCGAGGGACGCACUGUUACCCUGGUUGUGGUGGGAGUGCGGUCUGUUCCAUCGGGGAACGGUCCCGGCAGCGACCAACCGACCAACGGCGGGCCUGGCCUAGAUGCUUUGCUUCGCCUGCCAUUCCUGUCGCCAGGAAGCCUCUCGCGCGACCAAGACAGAAGUCCAGGUCUCCUAUCACGCGGAGAAGGACGGCCAAGAUUUUCGUCCAGUCGACAUCCCACCGGGGGUUCCAGCACACUCUCCAACAGUGACGCACAGCAGGGGCUUCAAAGCCCAGCGCGGAGAUUGUCUGAUACUGGAAACCGUGUUCCCGUAUCUUCCGAUCCACCUACGCUCUCAGACAGUCCUCCAGGCCCUCAUCCUCCUCCUUCGACGCCCGCUGACCCGGGACUGUCAGCUGUGUCAUCGGGGGCCUCAACCCCGAGCCGGAGACCAUCAGCUGCGUCAAUGUUGCCUCCAAAUGUCCUACCACAACGUGAUGAGAACCGAACAAUGCAGCCUACAGUUGAAGCCGGCGAAGGCACUCCGUUCAACGUUUCUCAUCAGCGACACAGAAGUGAUUCCGAAUAUGCUCGCCACCGUGAUCUGGGUUCUGGUGCUGUUAGACGCAACGGUGUUGUCGAGCCAGACAAUGCCCCACCACCUGCCGGCAGAAGCUGGCUGAUAUACGUCGUUGGGACCAAUCUUUCAGAGAACCAUCCUGCUUUUGCAACCCCCAGCCUCUUCACCGAUAACCCGACGUAUGAAGACAUGAUUCUACUCUCAUCUCUACUGGGCCCCGUGAAGCCCCCGGUUGCGACCCAGGAAGAUCUCAGCUCCGCUGGUGGAUUGUUCCGUCUCGUGGAGUAUGGUGGCACGCUCAUCGCGGAGUCUGUGGAUGGUGCUGGCACCAUCCAGGUACCAGACGGUGACCGCUGCUUGAUUUGCCUUAGCGACUACGAAGCUGCGGAGGAGCUCCGGCAACUGACCAAAUGCAGGCAUGCGUUCCACCGAGACUGCAUAGACCAAUGGUUGACAACGGGUCGCAAUUCUUGCCCCCUCUGUCGGGGCCAAGGCGUUGUUGACGCGUCAAAUGGAGAGCCCACUCCAAAUGCACAGAGCUCAACUGCUGCUUGA